CGGGAUCACAGAUGCUGAAAAAGUUUUUGCAACGUCCUGAUUGCUUUAUUUGUCCGAGUUUUCACAUCGGUAAAGGUGAUUCUUUUCUUGACCGAAGCUAAUUUAAGCAACGUGAUAAGAUGAAGUUCCCACAAGGUGGACCGUAGACGUCAGAUGCUAGAAGUGUGGUCGUCGUGACUGAAAGCGUCCGAGAUCAUCCUCCUCUUGCAGACAAGCAACCAAGGCUGUCGCAGGCUCGCAAACGGCUACUUCUUCACCACGUUUCCCGCACACCAUCGGCAAGUCAGUUUGGGGCACGGUUUUUCCGCUCGCGUUGCUGCAAUAAGAAACCAUAACCAAUUUAAUUCACCAGCAUUUUUACGUCGACCGCGGCUGCGGUCAUCUCACCACUUGAGGAGGUAUCACAGCAGAAAUUACAUUUUUUUUUUCAUGAGUUCCCUUCUUCUUGCGUGUAGUGAGCAUGACCAUGUUUCAAAUGUCUCUUGCACUGCUGUUUUUUCCCCCGCACCCGAGGGCCGAGACAAAGCAAAAAUAAAAAUUGUCUAAACAGGUAGUUUUUCUCCGUGGAUGUCUUGAUCUUAAACCAGCUUAACAUCGGUAUGCCGGGUCCAGGAGCUAAACGCUUCAUCUCUCCUCAGCCGGGAGGGCUGUGUUUCCGACUGUGUAAGUUCUUGCAACAGAUAUUUCUUCUACUCCAACUCCACCCGGGCUGCUGUUUCUGCCACCUCUCGCGGUUAUUCAAGUUUUCCGCAGUGUUGCAGCCGACCAUCCUUGGCGUCGUGCAUGAGCCGAAAGGAGCCGCCACCAGCGCUGCAAAAACCACCCAUGAUGCCGACGAGGCGAAGCACAGGGAGGGGGACACUGAAGGAGUAGAUGUGGGAGCUACUACAACGACUGCCGGGCAACUACAUCAAGAGGAAAUCCUGCAGCAAAAUAGUAGAGACGUUGCCGCCUCUCCCCCAUCAUCUAGCACAAGCACCUCCACUUCCUCGACGGCGCUGGUUUUGUACGAGCCUGCUCGUUCGUCUCAAACCCGACGAGGGCGACGCAUGGUGGGGCGCGUGGGCGGCGCCGCGAGGCCCGUCGAGCGGCCCCCCAUUGCGCACGCCCUUCAGGCAGUCGCUGACCUCGUUUACUCAGCUGCGGCCACGUUCCUGCAGUGGCCAGCCUCCUCGACGAAAUCGCAAGAGGGCGCGGGUGCUGGUGAUGCGGCAGCGGCCAGGGCGGAAAUGGUUCCUGUGGGAGAGGUUUCGUCUUUGCCCCCGCAGCCGGAGGACGGUAAAAAACUGCAGGCCGCGACGAGCCGAAGGGUUAGGGAUGACGCCAGCGAUCAGGAUUUCGCUGCUGCUGCUCCUUCUGCUGCUAGCAUACACACUGCCACUGUGCCUGGAACCGCGGCUACUACAGUAAUGACAUCACGACAGGACGAUCUACGUGCCCCUACAAGUGAUGAAGUUGGCCGAGGCUCUGGGUCGCCGCCUCUACAACCACUACCACCCCCACAGCAGCCGAAAGGCCCGGACAAAUUAGAAGAUCAAGAGGACAGCGCGGUAACCUCCGAGCCCCGGGAGACGAAAUUGAACGCAGCAGAAGCAUCAAGCCAAAGCUCCCGCGGGAAGAAUAAAGCUACCGCAAGUCGUGAUCGUAGUGAAGUUGAUUCUGCUCCAGCAAAUUUCCCAGAUGGUCGUCAUGGCGGUAGGGGAACUGACAGCGCCACGUCCCGCCCUUCCUCUUCGAGUCAGAAAGCGGCCUCCAUCAACAAGGCUUCGGUCGCUACAGCCGUGAAGGACGUCGAAGCUCACUCUCUCACUCGUCCAUCCUCUGUUUCUACAACUGGCGCAAGUAGUACCAACGAAGGACCCUCAGUACUACAUCAAGCUGCAACAUCAAUGCUAGAGACAGGCGAAAACGACGCCUCAUACAACCCAGAAUGGGAAAAGGAAUGGCUGUUUCAACUCAUCGAACAGCGAGCAAAAAUCGAAAGCAGACAAACUGAAAGUGCAGCAACAAGCCAGCAAAAAACAGAUGACGCGAAGCGGAAGCGUGAAGACGCUCAGAAAACUGUGGAUUUGGAAAAUGCUGCCAAGGCGUUUGACGAGGCGGAGAAAGCGUUCUUCAAGAUUCGAAAACAAGGUGAGGAUGCGUGGGACGAAAUGAAAAAGAAAAUCAGCGAGCGGAUCAAAGAUGAAGGAGAACAAAAAAAGGCCCUCGCCGACUUUCUGAAUAGGUGCUGCCGUCCGAAGCUAACCACCAGUGAAGGGUUGAGCGUGUCUUCCGCGCCUGGACCCGUCGACGUAACAGGUCGAGGAGAACAGGGUCAUGAACCCGGUACGGCGUCCUCCGCCUCCCCGUGUGCGAGUCAUUCAAUGGAGAUCUGCGUUUCUUUUGCGGCGGGCGAAGACGCGUUAAUAGGCAGAGUAAUCGAAAUAGAAAAGAUGAACUCCUCUGCGCCAAAAGAUGAGAAUCCGUAUGCGGAGAAAAUCAAAACGCAUGAAACUAAUGCGGAUCAACAGAACAAUGACAAGAAAAAGAACGAGGACUACGAUUCAUCACUGUUGCACGUCGCGGUGCGCGCUGCCGGUAUCGACGAAACCUACUACCGAAUAUUUGAGCACCAAUACGUGCGUUUCAUUUCAUUCGUCCGCAUGCGUCGGCGCCCGGCCGUGACUGUCGGAGAAGGCGGUCUCAACGCCCGUUGGGAAGAUGUUGAUGAAGAGAAGCAACUACAACCUGUAGCGCUAUAUGCCGUCUACCCCGGAACAAGUACUAAAGGUGGAGAACCAGCGUGCUGCGAAAUGGCGAUGCUCGGCCACCACUUGGAUUCGCCAGCCGAAGAUGAUGCUGCUUCGGAUGCCUCUUCGGAAUAUGAGUUGUAUUCUGAAUCUGAGCGCAGUAGUGCUGAACAAGAGCAGUCUUCUCCCUCGAACACGCUGGAGUUGGAGAAUAAACCCUUGCCGCUAAUUUCAGUACCCUACUCGUCCUUGUUCCUGCAGAAGGAUGCGGCGCAGGUUUUUUGGACCUGUAAGGAACUGUGCCCAAAAAAUCGGAAAAUGCUUCCCGUGUUUGAUCUCGAGGGGGACGUAUUGCUGAAGAAAAUCGUGCAAAACAGUUUUUCUUAUUACAGCAGUUUCUACAGUGUGGUCGAGAUGAUUGUACCCGACGGGAUGUGGAGAGACGUGGGCGAUGUUCUGAAAACGGUGAAAGACAGCCCUUUUCGACCUUCACCUUACUAUAGGUAUAUCUCCGCCCCAGAACACAAACCCUGGUGGUCCACGUCCGUGAAAAAACUGGCGCGCAACUGCCAGUCGUUUGCGUGUUAUGUUUCCAACUUUUUUCCAGUCGCUCGAGUAUGCGACAUCUUGGCACCCCGCGGCGCUUUUCCGUAUCGCGGCCCGUUCUCCCUCUUACCGGUGCCGACGCUUCAACCGGCCCGGCGUUUGCGCGCGCAAACGUUGGGCGGCCACCCGGUAGAUCUUGUCGACACGCGCCAAAACUACAUGAAAGCCUACCCGGAAGUUUUCUGGGCGGGGCCGCCAUGGGUCGCCCGGCGCUUUGAGACACAUGGGGCCAAAGGAUUUUUGAAUAGUGCCGCUGGAGUGAUUAUACAAAAAACACAACCCGUGUGCGGUGUGGCCAACUUGGAUCGAUUGGACAAAGACGAGCGUGAUGCUCUCGAGGAAGCGGUAAAACGAAAGUCGGGGGUGGAAGAAGAUCAAGGUGAUAGUAACUCGGAUAGCUCAGCCAGUCUAGCAUCAUUCACUAGUCGCAGCAGCAGCUCGUUCGGAACCGCCACAGCUACUCCUACUGCUGCGUCUGUCGUAUCAUCAGCAGCUUCGUCCACGGUGCAUCUUCAGCAGGCGGGCCUUGAAGUUGUGGCGACAGGGAGCGUUCCCGCAGCUUCACCUCCAGGAGCAGUCGAAGCGGCAACCUCUGGCACCACUACUGCAGCUGGUGAACAAGACAGCGGCGCCCAGGACCACAAGCGUCAACAACAUCUUCCUGCUGCCGCCUCUAAUGAAAAGAAGAAUCUGAACGACAAUGAGAACGACCCUGGCCGCGGUAGAGAAGAUGUAGAGUUUGACAAAGCCCAAGCCCUCGGUAGGACCACGAGCAUAUGAGUUGCAAAAGUAUCGCACUCGAACUUUUGCAAUACAAAUUCAAUACUAUAGCUUAGCUUUAGCAUGACUUGACGUAUGGAAUUUGUAAUGCGUAUUUACCACGAUUUAACGUAGCCUAACCUUAAGAAAGGGAUUGCACAAAUGCAAUUACUACGAACGGGCGCGAUCCUUUUGCACAGGAUGGAGCAGCUCAUCUUCCGCUAACUCUGACGUCGUGGUGGCUGCGCCGACGAAACUUCCGCCCCAGGAGGAUAACAAAAAGAAAGAGACGAACAACAUCAACGACAUGGUCGUCGAAACGCCAUUUCUCGCAGCAGGAGACGUCGACGCAGUACAGCAUCAGGAAGACGUACCUGCUCAGAAAGCCAUCAAACAAAAACGACUCCAAGGAGACGAAGGGUUCAGUGAGGGCGCGCCCGCCGCUGGUCCUGCUCUAGAAGUAGGACGACAAGACGGCAAGUUAAUGCCGAAAUCACACGAACAAGAUCAAGAUGAGGACGAUCCUUCCUCCACAUCAAGAACUACUUCUACUCCUGUGCACGACAUUAUUUCCGAGGGAAAAACCCUGAGUGUGCAAGAAGAAGGUGGCGACGUAGUACAACACGCUUCUGCGACUGCGAGCAGCACAGCAGAUGCAGAACCGGUUUCGCAGCUCGCUGUUGUGCCGCAAGAAGACGACGUGGCUAGCAUGCCCAGUUCAGCAACAGGACCAGGCACAACUGCUCGGGACACUGCUCCGGCGGCAGCGACUAGUACUAUUGCCGGUGAUGGUACAACGCGAACAACCGAAGGUGAUAGAAACGAUAUUGGCCGCACGGCCCCCACUGAGCCGCUCAUCCCAAGCAGCGCAGUGAUGAGCAGGACUACUUCCGACGGGGCAGCAGGACCUUCCACGCUCCAGAGCAGCAUCGCGGGCGUGGAGGCGGAGGAGGAGCGCCAAGCGUUUGCAAAUCUCAACGGGAUCCCGGCUGACGGGAAAACCGACGAAGCUACUAGUGGCGGGGGUAAUAACAAGAAGGGAGAAAAAAAUCAAAAGUCAGCCAGCGGGGACUUCGCAUCGCUGCGUCAGCAACAGGAUGAUCCAGAACUAGAACAUAAGAUAGGGCAUCUUCAUCAGCGUAGACAUGAAAGCGGGCAGACAGCUAUUGCGAGCACAGCUUAUUUGGUUGAGCCGGGCGAGAAGAAGAGUACAGCAACUACACCAGGUGGAACCACCACCACCGUCAAAGAAUCGCACAUAAAAAAUGCAGAAGGCGACGAGCAACAGCUACAGCAGGAGCUGCAAAACGAAAGUGAACGGCAAAGCGCAGGCCAACCCGCUAGCGUAAAAAUUUUUUCAGUAGAGAAAUCUAUAAAUUGAGUUUGAGUAUGAGUUAGCACUUUGACUUCAGAAAAGCGACUUAGAAAAAGACGCGGCCUUCCUGUGUGCUCUAAGAGCUGUUUCCUCUUCAACACAGAGUAGAGGAGAUUCAAGCGGAAUCUGAAAAGUUAGAUUUGCCAGCGGUGCCAAUUGCACGUGCAGCACAACCCCCAGGCAUUUUUAGUGGAUCGCUGCAAUAAACAAUCCUCAGGUUGCAGGACAACAACCACGAGGGGCACAGGAGGGCUCCCGACCGCUGCAGGUGCCCGAGGACAGUGGACCACUGGGGGAAAACCACCCAGCGCCGGAAAAAUGAGGCCGACUUUGCGCUCGGUUCGGGUUCGGUUUGUACUGUUUGGUGAGCAUGGAAAGGACAGCCCUACAUCGAGAUAGUCGCAAUGUCGCUGCUUCAGAACAAGUAGCAGAUGCAGACGAACUAGUACAGCGAGUACAUGGACAGUUUCGUAGUCGCUUCCUUAAGACAAAAAAGUGGGCUUUUCCUGCAUGAUAGUGGCGUGCUUGGUUUCGUCGCUGGGAACUGCAUCUGUUCUUGCUUCGCUGAUCUGUACGCGCUUCCAAAUCGCAGAAACCGCCAACAAU